GUGAUCGAUACUGCAAUCUGGUUGACUUCAAAAUUUUUGACUAUCGACUCUUGACAGUCUCGAGCUCUCGACCUCUUCACUACAUCCAUAAAAUUUUUCUGCAUUGUAUUGUAUUCAAGAAGUAUCAGACUGUUUUGCUAAUAAAAUAAAAAAGUAACAAAUAAAAUAUAUAAUAAUGGCUAGUGGGUCUAGUGCUCCUAAAACUCUGGAAGAUAAAUCAAUUUGGGAAGAUGGAGAGGAGGCCCUUGGAGAAGAAGUUCUGCGCAUGUCCACCGAUGAAAUCAUCAGUAGAACUCGUCUGCUCGACAAUGAGAUAAAAAUUAUGAAGAGUGAAGUGAUGCACAUUACACACGAGCUGCAAGCCCAGAGUGAGAAGAUCAAGGAAAAUACUGAAAAGAUUAAAGUGAACAAAACAUUGCCUUACCUGGUAUCGAACGUCAUUGAGCUGCUAGAUGUGGAUCCUCAAGACACCGAAGAGGACGGAGCAGUUGUUGACUUAGACGCUCAGAGGAAAGGAAAGUGCGCCGUUAUAAAAACAUCAACCAGACAGUGUUUAGUAGUAAUGAACAUAAUAUUAAUUGUUAUGAGUAUUUUUUGUUUUGUUUUACAGCUAAUUGAAGCAGUUGUUCUGCCGAUGACAAUGAAAUCCAAGUUCGAGAACCUGGGCAUACAGCCUCCCAAGGGUGUUUUGCUCUAUGGACCUCCUGGCACAGGCAAAACACUGCUGGCUCGCGCAUGCGCCGCGCAGACCAAGUCGACGUUCCUGAAGCUGGCCGGUCCGCAGCUGGUGCAGAUGUUCAUAGGUGACGGCGCCAAGUUAGUGCGCGACGCGUUCGCCCUCGCCAAGGAGAAGGCGCCGGCCAUCAUAUUCAUCGACGAGCUGGACGCCAUUGGCACCAAGCGAUUCGACUCGGAGAAAGCGGGUGACCGUGAAGUGCAGCGAACCAUGUUGGAACUGCUCAACCAGCUUGAUGGGUUCAGUUCGACCGCUGAUAUCAAGGUGAUAGCAGCCACCAACCGAGUAGACAUCCUAGACCCGGCUCUGCUGAGAUCCGGGCGUCUGGACCGUAAGAUCGAGUUUCCGCACCCGAACGAGGAGGCCAGGGCCCGCAUCAUGCAGAUUCACUCGCGUAAAAUGAACGUCAGCCCCGAUGUCAACUUCGAGGAGGUGUCGCGGUCCACCGACGACUUCAACGGAGCUCAGUGCAAGGCACUCUGUGUGGAAGCCGGUAUGAUUGCACUCCGAAGAGGUGCAGUUGCAGUUACACACGAAGACUUCAUGGAUGCAAUUCUUGAAGUGCAGGCCAAAAAGAAGGCCAACCUCAACUACUAUGCUUAAAUUCAUCAGUGUUUUACGCUUAAUUUAAUUUUCUAAACUAUUAUUUCUAACGUUUUGAUUCUAAGUUGUAACAAGAUUAAAUGUAUUUCAUAGAUA